AACCUUUAUUUUAUUAUUCAUUUCUUUCAUUCACCUCCCACCACUCACCCAACACAACCUAACAUUACCAUCACGCACAGCACCCCCCUCCCCAGCGGAUCUGUUCUCUCUCUCUCACCCUCCUGUACGUCGCGACUCCGUCCCACCCGCGACUUCUAGCACCACGGCGGCGGCUCACCGCCUCCUCAUCUCUCUCGCGCCGCUGCAGUCUCUUCUUCCGCCUCCCUCCUCCAUCUUUUCCGGCGAACACACACGUAUACACAUACAUUCCUUCUUUCGUUUUGUUUUCUUUCUAUCUCCUCGAUUAAAAAUCAGAUCUGAAAAACUCCAUUGACGUAAAACAGGAUUUGUAUAUGGUGGUGGUGGAUUAAGUUUUAGUGAUUUCACUUUUGUUGUUUGAUGAUCUGAUGGUAAUUUGUAUUUUAGUGAUUCUAAUGUUGGUGGUGAUUUUCAUUUUUUCAGCACUGAUUUUAUUUUUCCAGCAGUGAUUUUGUUUUGUAGUUGGCGGUUUUUCGGAUUUAGGGGGUGGUGGUGGUGGUUUGUCGAUAGUGGUGGUGUGGGGAUUUUAAUUUUCUGGUGUUGAUUUUUGAUUUUCUGGCGGUGAUUUUUAGUUUUCCGGUGGUGAUUUUAUAUUUUUCGGUGGUGAUUUUAUGUUUGCCGGUGGUGAUUUUCUGGUGGUCGCCGGAGGUGGUGGUGGUCGCCGGAGAUGGUGGUGGUAGUCAGUAGUGGUUGAAGGUGAUAGGUAGUUGAAUUUGAAAAUGGUGAAAUAAUUAAAUAUUAAAUGAAUAGAGGGAGAUGAAUAUAAUGUAUUUAAAUGAGUGGCUGAGAUUAGAUCUCAUAUCUCACCAUAUGAGUGAUUCUCAUUUGAGCAAGACCCUAUAUAUAUAUAUAAAGGAGGAUGCGGGCGUCUCUAGAAUUGUUCGAUUCAGUCUUCUGAUUUUUCUUAAAUUUCGGAGAGAAAAUAUAAUUAUAAUUCAAAAAUAAGGUUCAAGAAUUCUAAAAGUAAUACAAAUCUUUUCUUAUUGAAUUCUAAAAAUGAUACAACUCUUUUUCUUUUUAUUUAGUAUUUCUUAUUGAAUUCUAAAGAUAAUACAAUUUUUUUCUUAUUUAGUAAUCCUAAAAGAAAUAGAAUUAUAUUUAAAAAAUUAGGUUUUAACCAAUGAUUAGGAAUCAUAAAAUAAUAAUAAUUAACAAAAAAAUAGGAUAUAUAAAAUAAGAAUCAUAUAUUGAUUUUAUAAUAAUGUAAAUGAUUCUUCAUUAGUAUUGUGUUUGACGUGCACGGGAGGCGGCCCAAACUAAUUUUUAUCUAAAUAAUAAUAAUUUUCCAAUUAGUAUUAUGUUUGACGAGAAAGUGGCUAAUAUAAUUUUUAUCUAUGUUAUAAUUUUUUUUUGUUGAAACGGCGGUUCAAAAUAAUUACAAAAUAAAAUAGGAUAUAUAAAAUAGGAAUCAUAUAUUGAUUUUAUAAUAAUGUAAAUGAUUCUUGAUUAGUAUUGUGUUUGACGGGAACGGGAGGCGGCCCAAACUAAUUUUUAUCUAAAUAAUAAUAAAUUUUCUAUUAGUAUUAUGUUUGAUGGGAAAGUGGCUAAAAUAAUUUUUUGUCCAUGUUAUAAUAUAUUUUUUUUUGUUAAAACGGUCCCACGGUUCAAAUUAAUUUUUAUCCAGUUAUAAUCUUUAAUUUUAUCAUAAUUAGAAUAAUUUUAUUAGUGUUGUGUUUGACAGUAUAGCGACUUAAACUAAUAUCUAAAUUGUAAUGUUUUUUUAUUAGCACUGUGUUUGAAAAGAGAGCGGCUCAAACUAAUUUUGAUCUAAAUUAUAAUAUUUAAUUUUAUCUUAAAAAUAAUAAUUAUGGAUUAAUAUUGUCUUUGACGGGAUGGAAGUUCGAACUAAUUUUAUUAUUAGUAUUGUGUUUGACAUGAUGUCCACUUAUACAAAUUUUUGUACUAAUUAUAAUAUUUUUUUAAUAGUGAUAUGUUUAACGGGAAGAUGACUCAAAAUAAUUUGCUAUUCAUAUCAAAAUUUAUAACGCCGCCGCGAAGCGCGGCUUUUUUCACUAGUUUAAAUAUAUAGCCCAUCCAUAUAGUCUUGAGCCUGAUUGUCUUGAUUUUUAAAAUCCAGAACUAUACGAUUAAUAAAAUAUAUAAUCAAUAAAAUAUGAUUAACUAUAACUCCUAAUAAAAAAAAAUUGGAACUCUGGAAUUUAUAGAAUCCCUAAAACUUAGAAAAUGUCAAAAAUAUUAUAUUUUGAUAAUUAAGGGGCCAUGUCAUUUGUUAACUUAUUAAUGUCUUAUUUAUUCCGUUAGGCAUUCCAUUGAUAACCUAUUUAUCGAGUUAGACAUGUCACAUGUACAUCUCACAGGGGUGAAUAAGUCAUAACUAGAGGGGCCACACGGGCGUACUAAGACAAGGGAGACGAGUUGAUCACCAAAAUUAAAAAUCACGUUUUGUGGUGUGGUGUGGUAUGGUCGAUUUAUGUGAUUUGGGCGGUUUGUUGAUCACCCCUAUCUCAUAUAAGGCUGAGCUGAGCUCUUAAAUAUUAAACUCGUGUCCAACUCGCGAGUUGGACAGGUUAUAUACUCCCUUUGUCCCUCUUAUUUUUUUACUUUUUUUUGCAUUGCUCAAAACAUAUUUUAAGGCGCGUAUAAAAUAUAAUAUUUUUUUAAUAUAUGGUAUGGUGCGGUGACUGGGCGAGACGUUUAACUUGUCACGCGACGAGUACAUGUACUCUCACAGACUCUGCUGCCUGCCACAGACACAGACUGCAUGCAGUCUGCACUACCGCCUUUCAUGUUUUGUCCCCACGUGACCUUACAUGUGUGCACUGUGCAGUUUAGGCACGUAUUUGAUUUUGUUUUUUUCCUUUUCCGAAGUACUCCGUUCGUCACCUUCAUUGUUUGCACUGAGACUCUUAUAAAAUAUAUCUUUAUACGCAUUGUGACAUUUUGAGACUCUUAUAAAAUAUAAUUUUAUAAUUUUUUUCUUUAAUAAAGUUUAAACAUUAAACAUUUAUUCAGAAUUUUUUUUAAAAAGCAUCAUGAAACUAUAUUUUAAAAAAAUCUUAAAAAACGUGUCAAAAAAUUAUGUUAACAAUCCAACGGGACCGAGGAAGUAUUAAACUAGUACUCCCUCCAUUAGAAAUGCACAAAAGAUGUGUUCGGGCCGGAUCCAGACCGGGCAAAAAAAUUCGAAUUUUUUCAAAACAGGUCGGGCUUUUUUAAAAAUCGGGCCGGGGCGGGCGGACUUUCUCGAAAAUACCAGGCCUGGUUUACUUAUAAAAAGCCCGGGUUUUUUAAAAAUCCGAAUUUUAUCCAGAUUUUUUGAAAAUACUUGGCCUGUUUUAUACCCUGAGAUCGGGUCGGGCCAAACCAGGUUUUUUUCCGGAUCGGAUCUUUCAGAUUUCCGUCCCUCAGAAAUGUACACAUAUAGAUUGUACACGGAGAGUAAGAAAAGUGUAUAAAGUAAUGAGAAAAAGAAAUAAAAGUGAGUAAAGUAAUGGGACCCAUCAAUAUAUAAUUGAUAAAUUUGAAAAAGUAGUGGGUGAGUGGGUUUUAUAUUAUAAAAAUUUACUAUUUUGAAAAAGUUUUGAAAUGUAUAGAAUUAAAUGGGACAUUCGAAAAUGUGACAAAAAAAAAGUAAGACAUCCGAAAAAAGAAAGUGUAUAAAAUUAAAUGGGACGGAGGGAGUAAUAAAUAAAGCAUAUACUAUUCAACUUUUAUUAAUUUAUUAUGUAACAAAAAAAGAGGACGGUAAAUCUAUUUAUUUUAUUAAUUAAAAAAGUUUACAAACAAGUUGAGACGACUCCUUUCUAAAAAAAACAGAACAAAUCGCAUUUAUAUUUAUAAUAAAAUAAAACAAAAACUACAUUUGAAUUGAAAUAUAAAUCUAAAACACAAAACUAACUCAUUCUUUUCUUUCUUGUUCUUGAAUAGACGACGUGCCUGAUUCCGAUCAAGUCUCUGCUAUUAUCCAAACAUCGUCUUCUCCUUCUAUGUCAUUUUCAUUUAUCUUUUUACAUCUUGAUUCCGAUCUUCACCUUCCGAGUCAUUUUUCAUUUAUUAUUAUUUAAAAAUUCUUUUUAUGAAUAAAAAUAUAAAUUAUAAACUUUAAUUAGAAGAAAAAAUUAAAAAUAAUAAGUGAAAAUAUAUUUCAUAAUCACCUUAAAAAUUACGUGUAAAAUUUCGUGGAAUGAAUACCUUAUUACAUUUAUAGUUUUUAUAUGAUGUGCCACGAGUACAAGCUAACCAUCAAAUUUUAUGCAUUUACCUUAUUUUGAUCGGCGACCCUUUCUUAAUAAUAAUAAACCUCCAGCAUGUAUAAAAAUCACCGACACAUGUAAGCCGUCAAAUCCUUUAUUUUAUUAUCUUACGUGCUCACGACGUUACUAACCGCAUGCUUGUUGAUGGAAGUCUUGCUCUCCCGUCUCCAGCUGGUUUGCCUACAAGUCUACUAGCAGUAGAUUAGGCCAUGACUUAUUUACCCCAUUUUGGAUUCUCAAUUAGGGUUUUAUCUGGUUGUGAUUCACUACACUCACUCCUCUUCAAGACUUCAACACAUCACACACAGUAUGAUAAUGUGGAGUAUCAGCUAUCCAAACUAUAUUCCAGCGCCGAUCUUAUUCAGCUCUCCACCAUGCUACCCUUUCCAACUCCCUCUCUAUGCUCACUGCUCCUAUUUGGUGCCCCUUUUUUUCAACACGAAUUAUCAAUACCUUUAUCAUUAUCCUAACAAAAAUAACAACUUGGAAGCUUCACAAAUGAAUCCCCAUCCUCGACCACGACGACAAGAUUUAAAUCCUAGAGAAUCGUCCAGAUUUAAGAAAUGGUUCCCUUUGCGAGUUUCGAAUCCAUGGAGAAAAAGAAGCGGCAGAAGUGAUGCUUGUUUCAGAUGUAAAAAACGAGGCCAUUUCGCCAUCGGGUGUCCCCGGAACGUGAUGCGCAACAAGUCUAGGUUUUCUUCAUCGGUUGCGGUGAUUAUAGGACAAGACGGCUUGCAAUACUCUGCCCCGUCCUUGAUUUGUCAUUGCGGUCUAUGUUGUUCACUCACUACUAGGAAAAGGCGGGAUACGACUAUUAGGAAAUGCUACACUUGCUCGCUUAGAAACUGCCGAAUGUUUAAAUGGGAAGAUGAGGUGAACAAGGAUGAGCUAAUAAGUGUCCCGAAAUGCAGGUGUGGGGCGGGAUUUUGCCGUCAGUUAACUGAUUCACGUGGCAAGUAUUUUGCCUGUCCUAUAAAAAAGGGACAGGGAGCUUGUUCAUUUUUCAAGUUGCUUACUGAUGAAUCACUAAUAAAUGAUAGACAUGUGGAUGAAAGAAUCACCCCACCUAAUCUUACAAUAGGGGAUUUCACUGAUUCCUUCCCUGCAAACAGUGUUCAGAAGGAGACCAGAUCGUCGUAUGUACUGGACACUGCUGAACAUAAUCCUAAUCAGAGGGAAAUAUCAGUUUAUCAAAAGUUGAAACUGAUGGAAGUGGAGUUAGAGCACGAAGAAGAUACAUCGCAUAGAACUCUGAGAAAGUGCAACAAACGAUUUCGAGAUGGAGCUCCAAAAUAUGACAGUUCUUUCUCCAACACUGUUGAGUUCAGCAAUGUUCCUCAAUCCUAUAGUGAAGGUGGGAAUACUGCGGGAAAUGUUCAUGUCAGGAAGAGUAUGUUUCGGAGGAAUGCUUUGGCAGUUCACACUACUUCCUCUUGCUUGUUUGACUUAUUGCCACUGAGAGCAGAUUGGUUGAAAAUCGCUGCAACGAAUUUAAACAUAGAACUUUUUAAGGGUUGGUGGGGAAGGCUAGCUUAUCCUCCCCAACCUUGUUUGCAACUGACUGAAUCGAAGCCUUUCUAUUGCUGUGUGUUCCCUUCCUUUGAUCCCAUAUCUGUCCCCCGUAUUGUGGAAAUAGUUGAUUGUCAGUCUCCGAAUCGCCAUAAUCUUCGACAAAUUCUAGAAGGCAGUCCUAUGUUUGAAGCAAUAUCAGACCAGUUUGCUAGAGUAGCAAGAGACCUUCAGUACAAGCUCGUCUCAUUACUCAAGUCAUCAGAUUUUCACGCGCAUGAUUAUAUGGAGCGGGAGGCAAAUAUUACCUUUACUGCGCUAGAUCAACUUCAAGUUCUAUCAAAACCAUUUCAUGAGCAAGUCAAAAAAUUUAUUCGGAGUGCAUCUAAUUUAAAUAAAGCUGAACGUUCUAUUAUCCAUAAUGAUGAAUCAUAUAAUGAUUCUCAGGAUCAUUACAAUAGCAAAAGAAUGAAAAGAGAUGAUCUUAUUAGUGAUUAUGGCGUGGCUAAGGCAGGCAUAGAGACUUGUAAAGAACGUUUUCACUCUCUUGGUGAAGAAUCUUGUCGCCAAAAGACCAUGCUUUUCCAAGUUGUGGGCAAGUUGUCUUCUUCAGAAGCUCAAAACAAGCAUCACAAGGCCCGUUGUGCUCAGAUAUCUAUGGAUUUGCUAGAGUUGGAGAAACCUCUUCAGGUUGCUGAAAAAAAUUUGCAACUUUUGCAGCAGAAAAAAGAAGAAUACGAAUACGAUGCUGCAAAGGUGGCAUAUAAGAAGGCGAGGUUGGAACUUUUGGGAUCGUCACCUGACAAAUAACUAUUUAACCAAAUAGUUUUGAUGGUAUACCAGUGCAUCCUUUAGGUAAGUUAUGUUUGAACUCUUUUAACUCCACCACUACCCGACUCAACUCCCCCUUAAUCAUGUAAUAUAUCUCUAACUGCUUUUUGAUAACUAGUAGAAUUUUGAGGGAAACAUGGAAUUAGUAUUCAAUAACUAAACUGUAUGGAUCUGUCAUAGAGUUGUAAUAGUUGGCCUUCUAAUAUAGUUUCGAUGCCUUUCUGUCCU